AUGAAUCCAUUGCCAUUAUUGUUCUUUGUUAUAGCAACUAGUGCUGUAAUUCAGCCUUUCGCUAACGACUCACCCCAUGGGGCUUAUUUUGCUGCAAAAUUUGAUGGAACAGGGGUGAUUGGAGAAGUCUCAUUCAAAGGAAUGAAAGAUGGGUCAAUUGAAAUCAAUGUCGAUUUAGAAGGAUUUCCUAGAAUCGGAGGUCCAUUCAUGUAUCACGUUCAUGAAGCUCCGGUUCCAACUGACGGUAAUUGCACAGGAGCCAAAGCUCAUUUCAAUCCAUUCGGCGGAAACUUAAGUGCUACCAAUCCCGAGGAAUUGGAAAUUGGAGAUUUAAGUGGGAGAUAUGGACUUUUGCAAGGAGAUUCUUGUUUAGCAUACAUUGAUCAUUACCUUUCUUUGAACAGCCAAUCUAAAGCUUUCAUAGGUGGCCUAUCGGUAGUCGUACAUAUAUAUGAUAAUACUAGAAUUGCAUGUGCAAAUAUCACACAAUGUUCUUGA